AUGAACAUUCCAAUUCCCCAUGUUGAGACAUAUGACGAUAGGCAUAUGAAGGUAGAAGACCCGCAAGGAUUGAACAUAGAAGAAUUGCAGAAAUUAGAAAAAUUAAUCGAAGAAAGCUUGUGUCGCGUCUUGGAAAAAAAGGUUCGUGCGAGUCUAGUCGGCGAGGAAUUAAUAAAAGAGAACCGGCGAUUGAAGCGACAU